AUUUCUUUGUGUUGCAUUCUGGGAAUCAAGCAGAUCUUCGCGGAAGAGGUGCAUUUUGGGAGGACUUAAUUGAAGAAAAUGGCGACGUCUUUAGGAGCUAACACGUACAACAGGCAGAACUGGGAAGACGCGGACUUCCCCAUCCUUUGUCAGACCUGUCUGGGGGAGAACCCCUACAUCCGCAUGACCAAAGAGAAGUAUGGCAAGGAAUGCAAGAUCUGCGCGCGGCCCUUCACGGUGUUUCGCUGGUGCCCGGGCGUGCGGAUGCGCUUUAAGAAGACUGAGGUAUGCCAGACCUGCAGCAAGAUGAAGAACGUUUGCCAGACGUGUCUGCUGGAUCUGGAGUAUGGCCUGCCGAUUCAAGUCCGCGACACAGGGCUGUCAAUCAAAGACGACAUGCCCAAAUCGGACGUGAACAAGGAGUACUACACCCAGAACAUGGAGCGGGAGCUCCAGAGCUCGGACGGGACGCGGCAGGUGGGGCUCCUGGGCAAGGUCCCGGGCUCCAGCGACAUGCUGCUGAAGCUGGCGCGGACCACGCCCUACUACAAGAGGAACCGCCCCCACAUCUGCUCCUUCUGGGUAAAGGGCGAGUGCAAGAGGGGCGAGGAGUGCCCCUACAGGCACGAGAAGCCCACUGAUCCGGACGACCCGCUGGCCGACCAGAACAUCAAGGACCGGUACUACGGCAUAAACGACCCGGUCGCCGACAAGCUGCUGAAGAGGGCCUCCACCAUGCCCCGCCUGGACCCCCCCGAGGACAAGUCCAUCACCACGCUGUACGUGGGCGGGCUGGGGGACAGCAUCACCGAGUCCGACCUCAGGAACCACUUUUACCAGUUUGGGGAGAUCCGCACCACCACCAUCGUGCAGCGGCAGCAGUGCGCCUUCAUCCAGUUCGCCACGCGCCAGGCCGCUGAGCUCGCCGCAGAGAAGUCCUUCAACAAGCUCAUCAUCAGCGGCCGCAGGCUCACCGUCAAGUGGGGGAGAUCUCAGGCUGCGCGGGGUAAGGAGAGAGACAGAGACGGGGUCACCGACACGGGACUCAAACUGGACCCUGUGCCUGGCCUGCCAGGAGCUCUGCCGCCGCCCCCCGUAUCAGAAGAGGAAGCCCCGGCCAACUACUUCAACCUGGGUCCCAGCACCUCCCCUGCAAUCAUGAAUAUCGGCCUGCCCCCUCCACCUGGGGUAGCCCCACCUCCACCACCAGGUUUCGGACAUCCCAUGUUCCAUUCCAUGGGUCCCAUGGGAACCGCUCCGCCCCCUCCCAUGGCCAUGAGACCUCCGGGCCACAUCCACUACCCUUCCCAGGAUCCUCAGCGCAUGGGCGCCCACGCCAGCCGGCACGGCGGGUCCUAAUCUGGCAGGCGCGCCGUGCGCUUCCCGCGUUCAGACUGCCGAUUUACAUUUUAUCCCUUUUUCUUUUUUUGUAUACCGUAAUAAAAAAAGUGGAACGAGACUGAGUGAAGCAUUGUUGUAAAAUUAGCUGAAAUGAUUUUUUUGCCCCCAAAUAAUUGUCCUUUUCAAAAAACUUGAGAAAUUGUUUUUGUCUUUCAGGCAGGAAAGAUACCCAAACUGCCAUGCACACCAUUAACUGUUAUUGAUAUGAAGGCUCACUCAUAUCAGGAAAUAGUCUCUGAAGACAGUACGUGGUAGAGUUCUUUGCUCCACAGAAAGGGCUCAUUAAUAUAUUUCACGCACACACACCCGACACUCACACACUCACACACACGCACACAUGUAUGGAGCUGUACAACUGAGAUGUUAUUCUUCAAAUUUUCUGGAGGAUAAUGAGUAUCCAUACAAUGUUUUAGCUCUGUUGAGAGGUGUUGAUGAGAAUGUGAACUUCGACCACGGAAGGUGACAUCACACCCAAGAGCUUGAAUCGGAAUGCAGUUCUUCCCGUACCUGGGGACCGUUGGUCUUUAGCCUGCCGAGUGAACUGUCUGCAUUGUGUGGCUGUAGUUCCAAACCUGGAACCUUCCAGACCUAAGUUGUAUUUGCCACUUGUGUGUGUGUGCAGCUUCAGCGUUUGGACUCUGCAGUGGGAGGAAACGGCUUUACAGUGUAGUGUACACAUUCAGCGAAACUGUAAAGAUCAUGUUUUAUUUCUUAAUGAGGGAAAGCAGUCUUAGGAGCUAACACACUUGUAUGAUCUGUUUUUCUUUUAUCCAUUUUGACAAAUUGUACCCUUUUUUUCUUUUUUUUAUAAAAUCAAGAAUUUUAUAUGUUGUCCUUAUUAAACAUCCUUACCAUCUUUUA